CUCUCACUUCAUUGGGAAUACAUUCACAAUGCCAUAAGUCAGUUUGUGUGUAUAAUUUCACAAAUAUGUCAACAGUUUAGGCAGUUGUUUAAAGAUCUCUGUGCUGAAUUGUUGAACAACCAUUGUCUACUGUUAAUAAUAAUUUAAUAAUAACAUUACAUUUUUUAUAACAUAACAUUACUUUCAGAAUCAUUUUUUAACAAAUGAUUUUUCCAUUCCUGUUAUUUUGGUUUCCCUGUAUUUUAUACAUUUGUUUUUAGAAUAUUGAUUGCAAUUAAUGAGUGUAUGGCACGUAGAUUGAUUAUAAGGUAAAAUUUCAAUGACUGUGCAGUUGAAAUUAUUUUGAAAGGGUAUGCUGAAUCUUAACACGUUAGUGCACUCAUCUGCCUUUAUUUGGCAGGCAGUAUUUAUCCUAAUAUGAGUGUCAAUCAAUAUCUAUCUAUCUAUCUAUCUAAUGUGGCGUAUUUUUUAUUCCUGCAUAUUCGUACAUGCUUACAUGUAUUGCAUGUAUUAGCAAGUGUAAGUAUACUGUUCCCAAUUCAAUACGUGUAUAUGCUUGUUUCUCCAGGUUUUCUCGUAUGUAAUCGUAUAUGACAGUAGACUCUUAUUAUUUCCCUUUUUAGGCAGAGAUGUGUAGUUUCAUCCACCUCUGUGUGCUGGCUUGUUUACCUCCUCAUGUACGUGUGCUGCUUUUUGACUGUGUCAAAUUUAGAGCGGUACACGACACUCGAUCGUAAAUCAGCGAACGAGUGAGAGGCGCGUGCACGACGACACAGGGUGGUGGUGCUCGAGCCGGACCCGCCGUCUCUUGUAGUCCGCCAGCCAUAUCGUCGUCUGAGAUUUUCAAGCACCUAGAAUAACAGUCGUCCCCUUCUCCAUGGCAACUUGGCUAUAUGGUUCUACUGGAAGAAAAACAAAUCUUAUUCUCCACAUCCACUUUAUUCCCCUUUUUCGUGUUCCGCUUCCUUACGUGCUUCUCCCCCUAGUAAUAGAACUGUGUUUGCCUGUUUAUUGAUAUGAAGAGGACGGCGGCAGAGGAGGGCGCGCGCAGUCGCGUUUUCCAUGUUCUGGAUCAACAAGGGCACUCUUGAAGCACUCGUCAGGUUUACUCAGUGACUCUACUUUGAGUUUAAGACAGUAUUGUUAAAAUCAAGAAAAGCCAAAGUACUGGAUUACUUUUUAUAUAAAAGAAGCCUUUUCUACCAAAAUGCUGAUUAAAGAGUACCGCAUACCUUUGCCUAUGAGUGUGGAGGAGUACCGCAUUGCCCAGCUCUACAUGAUACAGAAAAAGAGCCGAGAGGAAACAUGUGGCGAGGGCAGUGGAGUGGAAAUCUUAAAAAAUCAUCCGUACACUGACGGGCCUGGUGGCUCCGGUCAGUACACUCAUAAAGUGUAUCAUAUAGGUAUGCAUAUUCCCAGCUGGUUCCGGUCCAUAUUACCAAAAGCUGCAUUAAGAGUGGAAGAAGAGUCUUGGAAUGCCUAUCCCUAUACUCGAACAAGAUAUACCUGCCCUUUUGUGGAGAAGUUUUCAAUCGAUAUUGAGACAUAUUACAAACCUGACACUGGAGAUCAAGUUGAUGUAUUCAACCUUUCGUCUGCAGAAAAGAGACAGAGGAUUCUAGAUCCAAUUGAUAUAGUCAAGGAACCUAUCCCACCCCAUGAGUACAAAGCAGAAGAAGAUCCCAAGUUGUACAAGUCUGAGAAGACAAGGAGGGGCCCUCUUCCAGACAAUUGGAUUGAAGAGAUUAAGAGCAAUCCCAGUAAAAUGCCAAUUAUGUGUGCAUACAAACUUUGUAAAGUGGAGUUCCGAUACUGGGGAAUGCAGUCCAAAAUUGAAAGGUUUAUUCACGACGUAGGAUUGAGAAAAGUUAUGGUGCAUGCUCACCGACAGGCGUGGUGCUGGCAAGAUGAGUGGUAUGGACUGGCUAUUGAAGACAUUCGGCAGCUGGAGCUAGAAACACAGCUAAUGUUGGCACAGAAGAUGGCACAGUUUAGUUGCAAUGAGGAGGCAGAGCAAAAUGGCGCUAAUGCUUCACAUAGUGACAAGGACCAGGAAGUAAAAGCAAUGUCAUCAAUAGAGGCUGAAGAUGCUGCAGUGAACAUAGCCGACACUCUUCAGGGACGUGGUAGUUUAACUAAGCAGUGGUCAACAUCUUCAAAGUCCUCUCGCUCUUCUAAAAGAGGAGGUAGUCCAUCUCGUCACAGCAUUUCCGAGUGGAGGAUGCAAAGCAUUGCAAGAGACUCAGAUGACAGUUCUGAUGAAGAGUUCUUCGAUGCACAUGAGGAUUUUUCAGACAAUGAAGAGAUAUUUCCUCAAGAAAUUACAAAAUGGAAUUCAAAUGAUCUCAUGGACAAAAUUGAGGGAACAGAACAGGACGAUGUCCCAGGUGAUCUCUAUCAUGAAACAGCUGCUGACUAUCCUGUAACUUCCAAUGUGGAAACCCUAAGCAUUAUUGAGAUGCAAAGGGCUCUUAACAGCCCAAAAUGUAGAGCAGCAACAUCUGAUUCAGUGAUGAGGGUUUCAGAAGACAGUUCAUCUUCUCAGCUACAGCCUUGCAAGAUACAUGUACUUAUCUUGGUCUUGCAUGGAGGGAAUAUUCUGGACACAGGUAGUGGUGACCAGAACAGCAAGCAGGGGGACAUGAAUACAAUAACAUCUGCCUUUGAUACUGUUAUGCAGGUGCACUAUCCUGCAGCACUGAACCGCAUUGCAAUCCGUUUGGUACCCUGCCCUGCCAUCUGCUCAGAGGUUUUUUCCCUUGUGUCCAAUUUGAGUCCCUACAGUUAUGAUGAAGGUUGUCUAUCCAACAGCCAAGAUCACAUACCUCUAGCUGCUCUCCCCUUGUUGGCGACUUCAUCUCCUCAAUACCAGGAGGCAAUCGCAACUGUUAUCCUCCGAGCCAACCAAGUUUACAAUGAUUUUAUUAAGUCACUGAGAGGUGCUUCAUUUAAUGGCCAGGUCUGUUUAAUUGGUGACUGUGUUGGUGGAAUUUUGGGAUUUGACGCCUUAUGCUACAGCAGUCACCCAGUUUCUGAAAGCCAAAACAGUAGCAGGAGAGGCAGUGUUGCAAGUGCUCAGGAUACAGACUUGCUGUCCCCUGGAAUUAUUGUAAAUCACAGCUGCUGUCCGGGUAAUUCAAACUUAGAAACUAGCAGGCACCUUAGUCGCAGCAACAUUGAUAUACCACGAAGUGGACUAGAGGAUCCAAAGAAGCAGCUUCCACGGAAGAGAAGUGACUCCUCCACUUAUGAGAUAGACACCAUCAAGCAUCACCAGGCAUUUCUUUCUAGCUUACAUUCCAGUGUUCUGAGGCACGAUCCCGCAUCCCGAAGGUCUAGUAGUUCCACAAUGUUGGAUGGAGGUGCACUUGGCAAAUUUGACUUUGAAGUGUCUGACUUCUUUCUCUUUGGCUCACCACUGGGGCUGGUUCUUGCUUUGCGGAAAACUGUCAUUCCAAAUCUAGAUGUUGCACAGUUGCGACCAGCCUGCCAACAAGUUUACAACCUCUUCCACCCUGCAGACCCCUCAGCCUGUCGUCUGGAGCCACUGCUUGAGAAAAAGUUCCAUCUUGUGCCCCCUUUCAACGUGCCACGCUACCAGCGUUUCCCUCUUGGUGAUGGCAAUUCUGCACUGUUGGUCGAGACAGUCCAGAGCAAUCCCAUCCUCGUCAUGGAGAGCAGUCACCCCUUAACUGCUCUCCGCUGUCAAGACAGCAUCACGGAAACCUGUAUCCCUGUCCCGGUUCUUAACUGGCAAGAUGGCUCUUAUAAAAGUUCGACCUCUGGGGAGUCAGAUGUAAUUCAAUCUCAUGGUGCCAUCUUGGUGGAAAGUUCGUCCCCUUCUUCCCCCAUUACAGCCCCUAAUGUGCGGGGAUUCCGGAGAGCCAGUGAGGUCAGCAUUGCCAGCCAGGUCUCAGGAAUGGCAGACAGUUACUCUGCCACCAACAUAGCCAACAAACAAGCAUGUCAUCUUUACAGUUCCAAAAAACUAAGCCUACUGUCCCAGCUUGCUCUUCCCUAUAACAAAAGCUUUUUAAAAAGUGUCUCACCUAAGUCCAGUAGAAAGUCAAAAACAGACACAGACUCCUCCUUGAAUCACAUAGUGAAGAGUCCAGAAAUGAAGUCCAAUCGAAAGCCUAGUAUCAUUCCUCAGAUCCCAGACCUGGAUAUUGUGGCAGUUGCAGCUCGGUGGUGGGGUACUAAGCGAAUUGAUUUUGCACUGUACUGUCCGGAUGCUCUGACUGCCUUUCCCACAGUGGCCCUUCCUCAUCUGUUCCAUGCCAGUUACUGGGAGUCUACAGAUGUUGUGUCCUUCUUGCUGAGACAGGUUAUGAGACAUGAAAAUUCUAGCAUCUUGGAACUUGAUGGAAAAGAGAUGUCAGUGUUCAGUCCUUCAAAACCACGUGAAAAAUGGCUGAGAAAAAGGACUCAUGUCAAAAUAAGGAAUGUGACUGCUAAUCAUCGAGUCAGUGAUGCUGUUUGCACAGAGGAUGGACAACAAACAGUAAAUGGUCGCUUUAUGUAUGGGCCACUAGACAUGGUUACACUUACUGGAGAAAAGGUGGAUAUUCAUAUCAUGACACAGCCCCCAUCAGGAGAAUGGAUCUAUUUUGACACUGAAGUUACAAACAGUAGUGGUAGGAUCUCCUAUUCCAUUCCUGAGAGCAAGCGACUUGGAAUUGGUGUUUAUCCAGUGAAACUUGUAGUCAGAGGUGACCACACAUUUGCAGACAGCUACAUGACAAUUCUUCCGAAAGGCACAGAGUUUGUUGUGUUCAGCAUAGAUGGCUCUUUUGCUGCAAGUGUCUCUAUAAUGGGAAGUGACCCCAAGGUCCGAGCAGGUGCUGUAGACGUUGUAAGACACUGGCAAGAUCUUGGAUACCUUAUUAUCUAUGUAACUGGAAGGCCAGAUAUGCAAAAGCAAAGAGUUGUUGCUUGGCUUUCACAGCACAAUUUCCCGCAUGGGAUUGUGUCAUUCUGUGACGGCUUGGUUCAUGACCCUCUCAGACAUAAAGCUAAUUUUCUAAAGAGCUUAAUAACAGAGGCACAUAUGAAGAUUGCUGCAGCUUAUGGAUCAACAAAAGAUAUUUCUGUUUAUUCCUCCAUUGGCUUGUCGCCCAGUCAGAUUUACAUUGUUGGGCGCCCUACCAAGAAACUUCUUCACCAAUGCCAGUUCAUUACAGAUGGUUAUGCAGCACAUCUCUCUCAACUGGAGUAUAAUCAUCGCUCAAGACCUGCCAAGAGCAGCUCGCGGAUGGUUCUUCGCAAAGGCAGUUUUGGGCUAGGAAGCAACACAGACUUCCUUAGGAAGCGCAAUCAUCUGCUCCGUACUAUCUCCUCACAACCUACGACUGGGGCCAGUGGCUCCUCAUCUAGCCAUAGUAAGCCAGAGCGGACCCAGAGCCAGUCAGACAGUGAGAGAGAGCGAGAAAGGAUUGAACGCUGCCAAAGAAGCAUGAGCAUUGCUGCUGGUUGUUGGGGCCGCAGCAGCAGUAGCAGUGCCAAGACAGAAUCUGGCGUUUUAAGUCAGAAGUAGUUGUUCCACAAAGAAGAAGCACUUAACAAAAUAUACUGUUGGACGUGUGCCAUUUAGUUAGAAGGAGAACUUGGAUAAAGAAGGUUAUUGAUUGAAGUGACAAAAGGUCCAAGAAAUGCAUAUGGUGCUAUAAACAAUAUAAAAUAUGUCACCAUCAGGAAUGGAAUUAUACAAAAAUGUGGUACCAUCAUCAUGUUGCAUGUUGCAGGCCUUAAAUCAGACAGCUGUGCUCCUUUUUCUUGAGCACAGGCCCACUAAGCAUUAAACAAGGGAGCAAAGCUGGAGUGAAUUAACUUUCCAGUAUGUUUAGUAUUGUAACCAGUCUGUUUUAGCCAGGUUUUUAAAACUCUGACAUGUAAAUAUUUGCGUCCUAUAUCUUUGAAGAAAAUAUUUAGGAAUAAUCUGAUUUAAGUUUCCAGAAUUGUGUGGAUCUUUUAUGAUGGUAACCUGAAGCCCAGUGUUUACUUGUAUAUAUGUAUAGAACAGUGGUGCUUACUUAGAACAUCUUUGCUGUAUAGUAGUACUUAGGCAAUAAAACAAUAUCCUAAUUUCAUGAAUCUACCUGAUAUGGCAUGCGGGUCUGUUGUGGCCUUAAUGGAUUUUAGCUGUUAUUAGUUGGAGUACUUGAAAAAGCCAGAACUUAACAGGAAAAAAAGAAGAGAGAGAGGUUAAUGUAAAUUUUAGCAUUUAUUCCUAACGUCCUAACACCCCACUCAAUGCAAUGUGCACAAUUCAUUUUUUAAAAGUAAUGCAAACAAAGACAUGAAUGUGUUUUGGAUUUCCUAUAGCAUAAGAAAGCAUUUUCUUAUGCCAUUUGUUUUUAGUUUUAAGUAGUUCACUUUAACUGCAUUACUAGUUGGAAUUUAUUCACUGCUGCCUAUAACUAUUAGGUCUCUAGCGUAUGUUUAGUGAAGUUCAGUCUUUAAAUCAGCAAUAGUGUGCUGAGUAGACAGACUUGCAGAGAGCAGACAGGAGACUUUAAAAAAUUUCAAAAAGACAUGAAAUCAGCCAGCAAUAUUCUUUACAAGUGAAAUCUUUGUUUUAUGCUCACGUGGUAACAUGGAAGACUUGCAUUGUGUUAACCACCAUAAAAGAUCCCAACUUUAAUAAAAACUGUACUUAAAUAUCAUUUUCCAGAAUUUGAAAUUGUAAUGUCAGCAGUUAGAAAUAAUGGGUGGCCAUAUUUCUUUUUAGCUGUGUUUCUUGUUUAAUCUCAUAGUUUUGCACUAUUUUAUGAGACCUUAUUCCACCCUGUGUUUCUGUGGAUUUAUUAUUUAUAAUUGUUCUGCAUGAUAAUUUAUCAUUUUUUGCCAAUGCAGGGUUUGUAUAUUUAUAUACCAAAAUCUAUUUAGGUGGAUGUGGGGAGGCUGGGUGAUGAGCAGAAUUCUGAUUGAUACCACUGGCUGAGUAGUAUGUAAACAAUUUUUCCAGUGGGCAAGUAGGAUUUUUUAAAAUAAGCUUGUUGAAGUUUAGUUUCUCUAAAAAGCUAAGUUUAACUUGUCUGUUUUAAGACAGAAUUUAAAAAUGGGGAUAAUCAUUUUUUUUUGCACUUAUGGAAGGAACCUGAAAAUAGCUAAACGGUCUGUCCCACAUUCCUCAUUCUCUUUAGAAUACUUUGUAAUCUUAGUUCCAGGAUUUUUUUUUUUAAAAAAAAGUGUGACAUGUAAGUCCAGUUGGUUUAUGAUGAGCUAUUAGAGUUGGAACUUAGAAAAAACACCUCGUUUUAUUGACUAGCAUAACAAUGGAUCCUGUAAUCAAAAGGAUAUCUAGCAAACAGCCUUGUUUAUGGAGAUGUUAAUAGUCAAAAUGAAAUUCAAAGCUAAUAGAAAAACAGAGGGAAUUAAGUAUGCCAAAGUGCAGAAAAUAAGUUUAACAAAAACCUAAUUCAUGUAAAAUUUAUUAAGCAUAGCAUUUAUUUUCCAGUAUUACAAAUAUGCUCGAAGUAAUACAGUUUUAUUCAUUAUUAUUAGUCAAUUAAUGUGGCACUUUAUAUGAUUUGAGUAUAGUUAAUAAAACAGCUAGAGUUAUGCAUUAUUGGACAAAGUAUUUAACUCUUAAAGUGCAAUGCGAUUCUCUUGCGCCAUACAAUACUCAAAAGAAGGAACAGGUUCGAUGUGCUGGCUCAUGGUUCCUUACUUGGAUCCUUUUUGAAAAUAUGGAUCUAGCUGAAAGCUAAAGUCCAAGUCCCCAAUACAGUAUGGGUUGAAUGUGUACAUAAGCCUAUGAGUUGCAUUGAAGACAAAAGAUUCAAAGAAAUAUUGCUCUGUGUACAGAACUGUAAAUGGUAUGAAAAGUACGUAUAUACAGUGAAAGCUAUUUAUUUAUGUAGAUAUAAAAGAGGUUGGAUACUUCAGGUUUUAUUAUAUUUGAAAUAGUUUUUUUUUCCAUUUCAGACUGAUGUAUUAGCUGUUUUAUGGACCAAGAGUAAUGUAACUGUCAAUGCAAAAGUGCAAUAUUCUUACAGUUUCCAUAGAUAAUAAGCAGUAAUUUUAAACUAACUCUGUGGCAUUGACAAUCAGUAUACACGUACUGAAUUGCUCCACCCUUUUGAUAAUUACAAAAUCUGUUUACUGGAUUUUUAAGAGGGCAGAAAAAAAAUCAACACAACUGUGAAAAAGAAAAAUUCAGGACAAAGUACACUGUGCAUAAUGCAGUCUUGCACAAGAAAAAAAUGAUCAGUUCCUAUCUAUUUACAAUAAAGCACCUAUUUGGAAAUACAUCUUACUGAUCACAAGCAAAGCAAACUCACUCAGCUUUCACCAUGCCUGUAUUAGUUGUAACAUCCUGAUCUAGUUUACUUGUGGAAUGGGUAUUAAUAUAUUGUGUAAAGCUGCAGCCAUUUUCUCUCCAGGUCACCUUAUGUUGUGGUAUAAAAUAAAAAGGAAGAUUUUCUAUAUAUGGAAAUAGCUGCUGCUCUCAGCGUUAGCCAGCUCGUUUACAGGGAACUUCACUGUUACACAUUUUUACAAAAAAAACAAAACUUUUAUAACCAAAUUUGUUGUGUUUAAUUUAGUUAGGAGAAAUUAAAAGUGAAACUUCUGAUAUAGUGAAUGGCACCAUAAAUACCUUGUUAUAGAAAGCUGGGUUUAAUGCAGACUUCUUAUGCCUGAUUUCUAUUAGAAUAACCACUGUUUGUAAUUAGUCCCUGUCAUGUACUAUUGGUGAAUAAAAGCUGAUGGUAAUGCA